CUACGUGUGUAUUGGUACUGUCUUGACACUGGUCCUUCUCCCGUCGUGUCAACCGAGGCGAGCCCAGCAUCAGCGCCCUCUUCUUUCUAUCCCUUCUGUAUUUUCUCACCCUCUGUUAGUUUUUCCGUCGUUUUCCGACAUCUUACGAACUCCAACAGGCUCACCUUUCCUCUUUUUACACUCAUUUUUCCUUCGACCGGAGAGCGGUUUUGGUAGUUAGCUGCUUCAGCCGUCGUGCCGCAUCAGCCGGGAGAGAAAAACAUCCAUCCACGACGGCGAGGAGGCAGGGUGCGAACACAGCAACGCCCAUUUUCACACCUACUGUAUCACUACUGUACCCUCGAAGACGUUUUUAUCUUUUCUAUGUCUGCCUGUUUGUAUGGAAGAGGGCUUUCCUCUCUUGCUUCUGCGCUGCCUGUUUCCUCUUUAGCAUCUUGGAGUAGCGGCGGGUAUCAACAGGGGCUGCGCUGGCCUCUCUGCACGCGGCGCACCUAGAUCACCUUUCUGCAGUCUGUAUCAGUGGCCUUAACCUUCCACAUCUCUCGGCGGUUCUCCUCCACGUCCUCCGGCGUCCCCGCCCCCCGCCCCCCCUCUCUGAGCGCCCUUGCUCCUCAUUCUCCUCUCGGUCUCCCGCCAUCUCGUCCAGCUGUGGCCCUCACAGGGCGCGACCGCUGGCUCUCACCUGACAGGUCCCUGGCCUCAGGACGACAGCCAGAUCCAACAUCCCUACAUGAGGGACAAGGCGACGCAGACCCCCAGGGCCUGGGCAGAUGAGAGGAGGAGGGGCUCUCACAAACGCUCGGCCUCCUGUGGGAGCACCGACCAGCUUAAGGAGAUUGCCAAAUUGCGUCAGCAGCUUCAGCGCAGCAAACGCAGCAGCCGCCAUCGGAGGGAUAAAGAGCGCAAGUCCCCGUUCAAUGGCAGCCAUACCAUCAUCCAGUCGCAGUCGCCUAUGCCCAAGACCAUUCUGAUACCCAUCCCUAUAUCCAAAUCAUCCGCCCCUCGUUUCCGAAACAGCGUGGAGGGCCUCAACCAGGAGAUCGAACGCAUCAUCAUCAGAGACACGCCUGAGAAGGACGAGACCAUCGUUCCACAGGAUGUCCCAGAUGGGCACCGCGCACCCCCACCCGUCCCCCCACAGCGCAGCAGCAGCACCCGCAGUAUCGACACACAGACUCCCUCAGGGGGCGGCCUGAGCGGUAGCCAUAGCAACUGCAGUAGCCGCCCCGACUCCAUCUCGCCCUCCUACCUCACCGUCCUCAACGACACGGGUGGAGGCAGCCCAUAUGAGGACAAAGAGCUGGGCCCCUACUCCCCGCUGCCUAAAUACGCCGCCUCUCCCAGACCCAACAACAGCUACAUGUUCAAGAGAGAACCUCCAGAAGGCUGCGAGAAGGUCAAAGUGUUUGAAGAGUCCAUGCCCAAACCUCUACAGGAGAUCCCUCCCUUCUUGUGUCCCGACCGCAACAAGGUCAACUUCAUCCCCAACAGCGGCUCUGCCUUCUGCCUCGUCAGCAUCCUCAAGCCCUUACUGCCCGCCCCGGACCUCAACUUCCGCCCCGGGGUGGGCCUCCGAAGUCUGUCCCCGUCCCUCGUGCCUCUGUCCACCCAGCCCUGCCUCCUGGAGGAGCCCGAGAGCUUCUGACGGCCCACGAGGGCUUCAAGUCACCACAAGCCCCGCCCGAAAAAAACCCCCACCCCCACAUGAAAAUCAGAAAAAAUUUCAAACUAGGAAACAACCCUUCUGCUCCAAAAGAACGCCUUCAGCAUGCCAGCUAAGCUCUCUCUGAUGUCCUUAUCUUGUUGAAAAAGCGCUUCCCACUGCCUCUCCUCCUCAGACAACUAAAACGUGAGAGUCCUGCAGCCCCGUGCAGGUGUUUGCAGCUAACAUUUCAUCGCUUUCUUCUACCUUUAGUGCUGGUUAUGUUCCUGUUUUUUAGGAGGAAAGGGGUGAAAGGACAGACUCUUUUAUUUCAUUGUAUUAUUAUACCAUGGCGCCUUUCCACGGACAUAUCUCUUUUUCUAUCUGUAGUUAUUUCUCUUGAUAUAAAAUUUGCCUUCCAUUAUAAAAAAAAAAGGCCACUGGUUUCCUUGGCGACCAAGAGAUUGACCACGGAGGCUUAUAUUGGUGCUGCCAGAUAUAACGUAGCAAAACUUGAAGGGUCGUGAAAAGGAGAAGUUAAAAAACGUGCCUGAUAUUUUAGACCGCUCAGUUUCCCUAAACCAGCGUAGCGCUCUGAUCAUGUUUGUUUCUUUCACAUGUGACACACAUGAUCUUUGCACUACGAUGGCUAUAGAUACAUACAGAAAGGCAGGGCCACAGAGAAGAAACACAAAUAAGGUGGCACUUAACCCACGCUUAGGAACAGCUGUGAACCAAAUCCAGACAUCUGUUUUGUACUUUUAUUAGCCAUUUACAGUGAAAGCUGACUGUAAACUGGUACAAGCUGAUGCCUUUGUUACACUAACUGGUAGCAGUGAGCUGUUCCCCUGCUGGGUUGUGUGUAUCUAUGGGAAACACAGGCCAGGGCUAUGAUGUGUGCAGCGUGUUCAACCUGUGUCUGCUUGCCCCUCCUUCCCAAGCGCCAGCCUUUGCUCAAAACUCCCCUUUAUACUCCACCACCAUCACUACCCCCUGAUUUUCCUCCUUUUUCCAGCUCUUUCUCUCCUUUUCUUUCCCUCACUGUCACUGUAAUGCUGAUUUCCCUUCUGUCUUGCUCAGCUAGUGUUGUUGUGAAACGUCUACGUGUCCGGAGGGGCCACAUCCUCAUAGGAUAGGCCCCCUCUGGCUUGCAGGGCCCUGAGCAUGGAGAGGUGAACCCAAAAAACACACUGUAGUCCACCAGGGUAAUCCAUAUUUCUUUUUUAAAUCCACAAUUCCUAGAGCUUGCUCUGAAAGUCUUAGCUAACAACAGGUUGAUGUUACACUUCAUUCUUUAUCCUUUAUUACUACUUUUCAUUCACAUUUACAAGCCAGUUCUUUAUUUACAGGCUGAAUGUAACCCAGAGCGCCCUCUCCUUUUAAAUAACAGCACAAAAUACCAUUUUCCAGCAGCUUUAGUUCAACUAUAUCAUUGUAGUCACUCUGUAUCAGUUGAAAUCUAGUUUUAGCUUCUUCUGGAUAAGACUAAUAUUUGGAUCUCUAUGGAUAAGUUGUGGUCAUAUUCUCAUGCUUCUACAGUUGCAGUGUAGUUUGCGGGCUGACAGCCUCUCCGUGCUCCGGCUCAUCCUCCUGUAUAUGUCAUUACUACUUGACUGUGCCUGCUACAGUGGGAUAGGAAUGUACUGGGUUUGUAAAUAUAGAGGCACACUGUGUUUGUAUCGGCUGACAAAGAUACGUAUCUGAAUGAGUCUACAAUUGUACCCCCCCCCUUCCUCCUCCUCCUCCUCCUCCUCUUCCUCCGCUGAGUACUGUGAAUUACUACAUGUCUCAUUAUUGUGAAUAAUAAUGUAUUUAUUUAUCAGACUUGUUUCAGGAGUGUAAUUGGGUCUUCAGAGAAUUUUAAUCAAGAAUAGAUUACAUCAUCCAUCUCAGGUUGUAGUGAAUAGGGUACAAAAAAAAGUACCAAGAUAUACUAACUUCUCAGCGCACACUAACAAGUCUACACUACUAUAGGAGAGCAAACCAACAGCUGCUAUCUAUGUAGCCUCACACAAUGGAAAUACUGAAUGAUGUAAACCUGUAGCAGACUAGAAGUAGAGAGAAGUGUGGAUGUCAUUUGUUCAGUCACCUGAUUUGGAGUUAAAAAAAAAAACAAAAAACAGUUGCUAAAAUGGUUA